GCUGCGAGUGCAAGCAUCACUCGUAAGUCUACCGGAACAGCUGUUUACACAACACUGAUAAAAUGUUAAUAUUUGAUUCAUCUUAGCUGGAUUGAAUUUUAGUAUCGGAACCACACUCGCGUAAUGCGUAUCUGUUCUCCAAUAGUGUUAUAAACCGUGAUACAGAUAAACAUCCGGUGAAAAAAGUGAUUUGGGGGCGAGAAAAUGGCAGAUGUGGAUGAAGCUCAAUUACUCCCCAAGAGCAUUAAACUGCCACCAGCUGUCGAGGUCUUUGCAAAUUUAAAAAAUGCACAGAACUUUGCCAUUGACAUAGGUCUCUCUUUAACGAAGAUCGCCUACUACUCCACAAUCAGUUACCGCAAAGUUUUUUACGACGGCGAAGAUAGUGAUACCCCAGGAGAUGGCACCUAUAAGCUACAAAAAGGCAGUCGCCUCCACUUCGUCAAGUUCGAGACUCGACACAUCGAGAAUUGUCUUGACUUCGUAAAAGAACACUUGGUAAACGCUGAGAGAUUCCAGGGAAAAAGCAUCAAAGUCACCGGUGGCGGAGCUUACAAGUACACCUCAUCAAUCCAGUCAAAAUUAGGCCUUCUCGUCGAUAAAGAAGACGAGAUAGGCUGUCUCAUCAAGGGAUGCAACUUCCUCUUGAAAAACAUCCCCUGCGAAGCCUUCGAAUUUGAGAGACAUAGAAAUCCAGAGUACAAAUUUGAAAAAGCAGGUCCAAACAUCUUUCCUUAUCUUUUAGUGAACAUUGGGAGUGGCGUUAGCAUUUUAAAAGUGGAAUCUGAACGAGAAUACGAGAGGGUUGGAGGAACAGCUACUGGAGGAGGGACAUUCUGGGGUCUAGGAUCCCUCCUCACUAAAGCAAAAGGUUUUGAUGAAUUGUUGGAGUUAGCAGAGAGAGGAGAUCACAGAAAUGUUGAUAUGCUGGUGAAGGAUAUUUAUGGAGGUGAUUAUUCGUCCCAGGGACUUUCUGGGGACUUGAUAGCUUCUUCCUUCGGUAAAGCCAUGUCCUGCAACAGUGUCAAAGGCGAUAAAAGCUACUCAGACGCUGAUGUUGCCCGAAGUCUUCUAUUUACAAUCAGCAAUGACAUAGGACAAAUCGCGAGUUUAUAUGCUGCGAUUCACAACAUGGACAAGGUUUACUUCGGAGGAUAUUUCCUGAGGAAUCAUCCGUUAUCGAUGCACACUAUCUCAUUUGCUAUCAAGUACUGGUCGGGCGGAAAGGUUAAACCAUUGUUUCUGAGGCAUGAAGGGUAUCUAGGAGCUAUUGGAGCUUUUUUGUACGGAGCUGAGCAGAGUAAUGAGUACAGCUGGCUCGAGAAUUACGCUGGUAGCUCUGGGUUCAAGGAAUCGAUAGCUACGGAUAUGGGAAUUAAGAUGGAUCAGCUGGAAAUUGACAGAGCAGAAAAUGCUGUGACUUUCUGCCCGCUUCUGAGGGACCCGGCUUCUUAUUGCCCUGAUACUACUGAUCUUGCCCAGGAUAAGGAAGCUAGGGAUUAUUGGUUGCAGUGUUUCGAAGAAUCAAUCGACAAAUUCAUUGCAAGGGCCAUUUAUAGUCAACCCCAAAGUCCUACUGCCAAAGAUCGUGCCAGCAAACUGAAGGAGAAGUACAUCAACAGACUCCAUUACCUUCAUCUACAGCCUUUUGCUUAUGGAGCGUUAACGGUGAGGACUCUUCUCGAUACAAUAGAGCAUUGUAUGAAAGAAUUUGAUUUUCCAGAUCCCUAUCUUCAGCAAAAGAAAAAGGAAAACGAAGAGGCUCUGACGUAUUUGAAAGCCCGUCUCGACGUUCUGGAUGAGUUGGAGGGCGAAGAAAAACUUAAAGCACUGAUCCUAGGUGUUCUUUCUGGAAAUAUGUUUGACUGGGGAGCUAAAGAGGUCGCAGACCUCAUGGAAUCUUCCACUUUUGGCUUCGAAGAUGCUCAGAAUAAAAUUCCGAGUCGACCAUGGCUCCAAGAUGAUUUGGACGAGUGGAUCUCAAGACUGCAAGACGAACCACCCCACACUUGUGCAGCCAUAUUCGUGGACAACAGUGGCGUUGAUAUUGUUCUCGGAAUUUUGCCCUUCGUUCGAGAUUUAUUGCAAAGAGGUACCCGAGUCAUCCUCUGCGCCAACUCAAUGCCUGCUCUUAAUGAUGUCACGUAUCCAGAGUUGUUGGUGAUUCUGAAGGAAGCUGGAAAGAUCUGUAAGGAUAUCAAAUAUGCUUUGAAGGAGAACAGACUGAUGGCCAUGGAAACUGCACAAGCUGGCCCCUGUUUGGACCUCAGUCGAUUGAAUUUGGACCUCUGCAAAGCAAUGAUUAAACACAACGUGGACUUGGUAGUAAUCGAGGGAAUGGGUCGUACUCUUCACACAAAUCUCCAUGCAAAAUUGAAGUGCGAGUGCUUGAAACUGGCGGUAGUAAAAAAUCGUUGGCUAGCAACAAGACUAGGUGGUGAUAUGUACGCUGUGAUAUGUAAAUACGAGCGGCCGUCAUCAAAAACUACUCUAAGACUAUCAAACGACCAAACCUGCACAGAAACCUGCAGACCUCAUGAGACAACUUGAUUCUAAAAAACAAAGUAUCACAGCUGAGUAAAAUAUCAAUCAUGUAUUGGUAAGGUCAGAACGUAAUAACAGGAACUCAUCUUCUUGAGUCAAUUAGGACAUUAUCCAGAGUUAUUAAUUUCAGAAAACAUUGGGGAGAAAAUUUAUCUGUCUAGUUCUUUAACUAGGGGAAAGUGGGGCACAAUGAAAGAGUCGAAAAACGACUGUUUGACGCAAUUCAAGCAAAACAUUUUUUUUAAUUAAAUUUUUUUUUUAUUAACUUUUGUUUAUCAACUUUUUUCUUGGGUGUACUGAUAAAAAUUAUCGAGAAGUUUUGAAGGGAGAAGAUUUUGUCAAUGGAUUAAUUGAAAAGAAAAUGAAACAGCAAAAUCCAAAGUCCAGAACAAGGCCGAGGGGAAGAUCCAGAGAGAAAAAGAGGAAAAAGUGAUGGUAAAUUUCAAUCGAAUGAAAAAAAAAGUUUAAUCGGCCUAAUCUAAUCGAUUG